AUGCGUGUCUGGAAGGAACGCUUCGAGCUCCUCGACUCGACGAUCGCCCCGACGCAGACGCCGAUCGAAUUAGUGGACCAGUACCACGACACGCCGCGCCUGCGCGAGUCGCGCUCGUUUGAUGCUGAUGAGCAGUACUGGUAUAUUUCCUUCGACGUCGUCAUUUCCGUGCUCGUGUGCUGUGCAGCACUGCUGAUCUUCUACGGGGUAUACGUCUACACGCGGAAGCAUUGCUGGCGGUGCCAGCGCGCCGUCGAGGGCUCGGAACAGCGGCAGUGCUGCCAUACCGGUAAGGACGCGUCGCGGGCGCAACGCGUCGGAUUGGUGGUGUGGCUCGUCAUCGCUGUAGUAGUUUUCGCGGUGCUCACGGUCAUAACGCAACAGAAGCUUGACAACACGCUCCACAAUCUGCACGGCGGCGUGAACGACCUCGGCGACGCCUUCGAUGCCAUCGACGCGCAGACGGCGUCGCUCGACGACAUCGGCGCGCGGACCCUAGAAACGUCCCAGGAGAUCUUCUGCGUCGAUCUGUGUAGAAACCAAAUCUCAGGCGCCUCACGCCAUCGACGUGGCAACCUGACUCACUGGUUGAUUUCCACACAGGCGUCGACGACUCCUUCGAAAAACUCAUCAUGGACGCGGCCGAAGACUUCGCCGCCGCCGCGGCCGACGCCGCGGACAUCGCCGCCGACGCGGCCGCGGACGCGAACAAGUUGGGCUCCCGACUCAAGGGCCACGGCCGCUGGCUCGACCUCGCUUUACUGGUUUUGCUGGCGUUCGUGGUGCUCAUCCUGCCGUGCGCUGCCUACGGAGGAUUGACGAAGUCGCCGCGGCUCCUGGAACAUUGGGCGGCGCGCUGGGCCUGCUUCGUCGUCGCGUGUUUGGCCGUCCUCUUGGCGUUCGAGUUUGGCGUCCUCGUGAAGGUGUCGGACUUUUGCGUGGCGCCCGACGCGAACUUCCGCGACCUCGUGGACCGGCGCAUAGCCAUAUCUUCGGCCGACGCGGAGCUCGUCGAUUACUACGUGAGCUGCGGCGGCGCGAAUCCGCUGUUGGCGCCGCUGAACAAUAGUCUCGCGGAGAUCACGUUUCUGGAUGACGCCGCGGCGCUGGCGCUCGCCACGGGAGCGUGUGCACCGGCACAGUCGCUCGAGGAGCUGCGCGUGCUCAUGGUCGCGGCCGACGCGCAGCUCGAUUCCGUGCAGACGGCCGCGGCCUGCGACGCCGUCACGCCGAUCUAUCAGGACUUAGUCCACGAUACGCUGUGUCGCAAGUUCGUGCGGAGCCUGAACGCGAUGGGCGUUUCCCACGCCGUCGUCGGCGUCGCCCUGUACGUCUUCCUCUACGCGGCCAACUACGUCUCGGAGACGAUCCUGCUCGAAGCCGAACGGCGCGACAUCAAGGCCCAGGUGGGGUCGAGGAACCUCGAGGACGAUUUCAGGGCGUCGCGCGACGAAGAGCGAACGCGCGGCGAAGAAACCAAGGAGGACUUCUCCCGGCCGUCGCAGCACUACUUCUCAGGCUGGAGCGUCGGCGGGAGCGCGUGGACCGGGACCGACUCCGUAACGUAGAGGUGGUGACUCUGUUUUUGUACGUGUACAUGC